AUGACCGAAUGCAUGCCGCAACCAAGGACGCAGCUUAAAGUCAGCGGUCCAGCCGAGGAGAAGUUUAUCGUGCCGGCGAGCAAGCGGUCGCGUUUCAUAGGACCAGGCGGAUACAACCUACGCAAGAUCCAGUCGGAAACAGGCGCGCAGGUGUCACAGAUCGACGAGUGCACGUACAGUCUAUUUGCGACCAAUCAGAGCUGUAUGAAGGAGGCUAAAGAGAUGAUCGAACACUUCCUCGAGGAGAACGUUGAGGACAAAUUAGAGUUCGGCGGUAUUUAUACGGCGACGAUCGUCGAACUGCGCAACAACGGUGUCAUGGUCACCUUGCAUCCGGCUAUGACGCCCGUUUUGCUGCCUAACUCUCAGCUGGACAUGCGCCGGAUCGAUCAUCCUAGUAUUCUUAACCUGAAGGUCGGGCAGGAAAUAUCGGUAAAGUACUUCGGACGUGACCCUUCGACCGGAAGCAUCAGACUGUCACGCAAAGUCCUUCAGAAAAUUGGUACCGAUAGCGCGAAGCAACCGUUGCCACAGGCUCUGUCUUCACCUUGGUUUAACAAAUCUGUGCAAUAA